AUGUGGCGCGGUGGGGACACAUGGGUGGCUGCGGGGACGUGGCCGGUGUCCCCAGGGCGGUGGGGACAGCAGGAUGGGGGUGCCCUGGCCACCCCUGCCCCUCUCCCGUGUCCCCCGUGCAGUGACUUCCUCAUCCUCCCCGGCUUCAUCGACUUCACGGCCGACGAGGUGGACCUGACGUCGGCCCUGACCCGCAAGAUCACCCUCAAGACGCCCCUCAUCUCGUCCCCCAUGGACACGGUGACCGAGUCGGACAUGGCCAUCGCCAUGGCGCUCAUGGGCGGCAUCGGCAUCAUCCACCACAACUGCACCCCCGAGUUCCAGGCCAACGAGGUGCGCAAGGUGAAGAGGUUCGAGCAGGGCUUCAUCACGGACCCGGUGGUGAUGAGCCCCACGCACACGGUGGGCGACGUCUUCGAGGCCAAGCUGCGGCACGGCUUCUCGGGCAUCCCCGUGACGCAGAGCGGCAGGAUGGGCAGCAAGCUGGAGGGCAUCGUCACCUCCCGCGACAUCGACUUCCUCCCCGAGAAG